AUGGAUGUGUCAGAGUCAGGACGUGAAUAUGGGGCUAAAAACACUGACGACACCCCUGUGACGGGCACUUCUCAGAAAACUCGAGGGGGUGCUGAAUCUCGAUUUCGGAAAAGAAGCAAAUAUUUAUCUUACCCCUACACAAAUAGUGAACCAAGACUUAAAAGUUUUCCAGCUGAAACAGAAGAAUCAAAGACUCCAAGUUCCACCCCUAAAGCAAAAGCUUCAAGCAGAACCAGUAAUCCUAAAAAUAGAUCUCUUUCAUCAACUAAAUUGGGUGGCACGAGGUUCCAAAAUAACUGGUACAGAAAAUUCAUCAGCUGUAGUAAAAUGUCUAGCAGUCCAAAAUUCAUCGGUGCAUCUUCCAGUGACGUACUUUCAGGAGGUUUAAUUCUUCAAUGUAUCAAUGAAGAUGUUGAAAAGGACGAUAUAAAUGAUGAAAUUCAAGAGGACGACAUAAAUGAUAAAAUUCAAGAGGACGACUUAAAUGAUAAAAUUCAAGAGGACGACGUAGAUGACGAAUUUCAAGAGGACGACAUAGAUCUAGAUGAUGAAUUUCAAGAGGAAGAUAUAGAUGGUGAAUUUCAAGAGGACGACGUAGAUGAAGAAUUUAUGGAGGAUGACAUAUCUAACGAAUUUCAAGACGACGAUCUGGAUGCUUUACUCCUAGAAGACAAACUUGAAUGA